UCCGUCUUAUCAGUUACAUAUAUUCACUCUGCUGAUUUGUCUAAAGUAAAAGAAAAUAGACCAUCUGCUUUAGUCACAACUAUUUAACAUCCGUCAUUGUAUGGAUUCAUUCAUACAGUGAUUCCAUUUUUAAACAAAGCUUUUAUCAGGCGCAUUGUCAGAAAUGUCUCCAGUGAUCUAUGCAGCCAUUGUUCUGUGUUUUCCCGCCCUUAUUUCGGCGCAGUUCACUCUAAAACCCUACAACAACACAGCCAAUAUUAUCUUCCGGUUCUCAGACCUGAACGCAGACGGCUUCAUAGACAAAAGUGAACUGGAAACAUUUUUUGCUGAAUUUGAUACUAACGGCGAUGGACGAGUGUCUUUCCAAGAAUACAGCAGCUACGUUCAUAACAAUCAGAAUGACCCUGAGAUCAACGCCUUCUACCACACCCUCUACGACGUCUAUGACGCCAACAAUGACCGCCACGUUGACCACGACGACUUCGUCCUUCUCUUUGACUUGAUGGACUUCAACGGCGACAAGGAAGUCAGUCGAGCUGAAUAUGUCCACUAUAUGACCAUCAUACUGGAAACUGUCGAUCACAAUUUGCAUGGUAACUAGAGGGCUCAAAGUUCAUGAAACAAAGUAUCUCCAAACGGAUUCGACUUUUGUCAUGUUACUUUUUAAACUGUGCUCUGAAUAAAAGCUUUUUUUUUU